GUUUUCUCCCGCUCCAAACAAAAUCAAAUUAAUAGCAAAACAAUCAUUCACUCCUUCAAAGCUAAACACAAACGUUCCCUUCUCUCUCUGCAGCACUUUCCAAGGCAAAGUAAGCAAAACGCGAAGUGCGAACAAAGAUGGCGUCAAUUUGCGACACCGAUAUCCCGCUCCAACUGAAGAACAUCGACGCUUUCGUCGCUUCUUACAGAAACUCUCUUCAAUCAAUCACUGCCACCGCAAUCAAAACCGCGCGAUCUCAAUCUCAACUGACAGAGGUUAAAGCUAAACUGAGGGAGUCUGAGAAGGAAUUGGUAAAGGCGCUGGCAGUUAAGACUCGGAGAGAGGCGAAGAGAAUGGCUCUAAAGGAUGCUAUUGCUUCUGUGAAGGAACGAGUUGAAGUUAUGAAGACAAGGAUUCAGAGGCGGAGAACCAAGUGCGAAGAAUGUGCCACUGUUGUAUCGCAACACCGGCUUGUUUUGACAGCAUCUGAACAGCAAUCAAAUGAAAGCAAUGAACUUAAAGAUGAAGCCCAGGAGGCCAUAUCUUGGUACAAUAGGAUCCUUGGUUUUCAUGUUGAAGGAGGACAUGGGGUUAAAUUCACUUUCAAGAAUAUUAAUGAAAACAACCCAAAUGAAGAGUUCUGUUUUACCAUCCGUCAUGAAGAUGACAUGUAUACAUUGCUAAAUUGUGAACCAUCUCUCAAAGAUAUUGACAAGUUGAUUCACGAAUUAAACAAAACAAAUGGGCUAUUUAAAUUUGUCAGAACAAUGAGGAGAAAAUUUCAAGAAGCAGUGACACAAGGCAGUCUAUCUAUGACAACAAAUGAACACCAAGAGUCCACCUUUAUCUCUGCAUCUGCUCCAGUUUUGUCGACAUUAACCAUUACAGAAGGAUAUGAACAUCAAGGUGAACCCACCAAAGGUAAUACGCAUCUCCAGAAACAAGUCCAUCAAAGAAUGGUAAAAUCAGCAAUUCUAUCCCCUGGAUCUGCAUCAUCUGUUUGUCAAUCUCCUCGUUUGAAGGCCAGGAAAUGAUGCAGUGAGGGGAUGCUCAUUACCUCACUUGAUAAGACAUGCUGAUUCAUGUAGGGAUGUUAUCAAUGAUCCUGAUUGCUAUCAAAUUGACAUUUAGAGUAAGACAUACCUUGGUUCUGGAGUUUAAAUCUUUUUCUACUAACAGAUUGACAUGUAAGUCAAGGCAUACCCAGGUUCUGGAUGUCCGAACCUGUAUAUAAUAGACCAGAGGAUCCGUACAUUUUUCAUGUAUGGUCCAUGUGAUGUUUAUGUGAGUAUCUUAAUUUGUUUUUCCGUUGUUGAUAUACUGCUAUAGUUUAAUAUAACAUCAGCCAUUCUUUUGAUGAUAUCUUGUUUGGCACUGGAAAUAUUGUAUGGGAUCUGGGAAAUUGAUCUGUAUGAUCCUUUUAGGUA